AUGUCUAUUAAAACAGUAUUAUUAACUAUUGUUCAAUAUGUAUGCAUAUGGCGAAAUCGAGUGUUUACAUUAUUAUUUGGAUUUACAAUUUAUACUUGUAUAUAUUUAUUUUUAAUAGGACAUUUAAAUAUCUUUCGAUAUAAUUCUAAUCAAUCCUUAGCACUUAUUCUUCUAUAUACACAUAAUCAUUCAAUUAAAACACGAGAUAAUAUUUGUCGAGGUAUUCAUAAUGGUGGUCAUAUUGUUCAUUUUGAUAGAUGUCCAAAAAAAUGUGAAUUUUCAUGUCGAAUAGAAGAUUUUAAAGAACGUUCACCAAGUGCUAUACUUUUUUUUGCUGAAGAUUUUUAUUGGUCUUUUCAUUUAUCUAAUCAAAAUCGUACAUCAUUUAAACAACGAUGGAUAUUUUGGUCAUGGGAAGCACCUAUUCAUCAUCCGAAAUAUACAAAAUCUCAUUUAACAUUCAAUUGCCCAUAUCCAGAAAGUGCACAAUGUGUUGGUCCUAAUCCAUAG